AUGCUCUAUGAUUCUACUUAACCCUAUGAAGGAAUCAAAGGGGGUACUUGUUUCACUAAUGAUGAUUACAAACCAAAAAAAAGGAAUAUGUCUACAUAAUCAACAACAACAAAUAAAAAAUAACAUAAGACUUAAGGAUCAGUAUCAACCUUUAAUAAUGUCGAAAAUAGAUUGUUAGACUAUGAAAAAAGAAGAUUAAUUAAAAUUUAAAGAAUAAAAAUGGAAAACCUUGCAAACAAGGAAAACCAAUAAAUUCAUAAAAAAUUAUCAUAAAAAUCAACUUCAAAUAAAAAUUUGUAGCCAAAUGAAUUUAGAUUUAUAUAAUAGAACAGCAUUUUGAAUUAAUGUAUGAACAAUUUUUUAAAGAAAAAUCAAAAAGGCUAACUUUAUUUUUGA